CCUUGUUUCUUUAACACACACAACCUCUUCUCUCUUCUUUUUUUUUAUUAUCAUACAACAAGAAAAAAUGACUGCUGGUUAUCGUCCUGCCUCACCUGGAAGACCUGGUUCUUCUAGACCCGGAUCUCCCGGUGUUCAUACUAAAGUAGAAGAAGAUCUUCAUAACAUGGCUGGUAUUGAUUAUGAUAAGGUCACUAUCAAACAUAAUCCUUCUGUGGCUGUUCUUUACGAAGAAGCCUUGACUCAUGAAGUGGGUACUGUGAUUUCUGCCUCCGGUGCAUUAUGUUCGUACUCUGGCAAGAAGACCGGUCGUAGUCCCGCCGACAAACGUAUUGUCGAUGACGAGGUAACGGGCAAGGAUGUCUGGUGGGGACCUGUGAAUACCAAGAUGAGUGAACGAGUCUUCUUGAUUAACCGUGAACGUGCUAUUGAUUAUUUAAAUACGCAUCCACGACUCUAUGUGUUUGAUGGCUAUGCUGGUUGGGAUCCCAAAUAUCGUAAAAAGAUCAGAGUCAUUGCUUCUCGUGCCUAUCAUAUCUUGUUUAUGCGUAACAUGUUGAUUCGUCCUACCGAGCAAGAAUUGGAGGACUUUGGAACUCCAGACUUUACGAUUUUUAAUGCAGGUGAAUUUCCUGCUAAUCGUUAUACCACAGGUAUGACUUCCACAACUUCUAUCUCUGUUAACUUUAAGAGACAAGAAAUGGUCAUUCUUGGUUCUGAAUAUGCUGGUGAGAUGAAGAAGGGUGUUUUCACUGUAAUGCAUUACUUGAUGCCUAAAGCAGGUGUACUUUCACUUCAUUCUUCUGCUAAUGAAGGUCCUGAUGGUGAUGUUUCUCUCUUCUUUGGUCUCUCAGGAACCGGUAAGACCACGUUGAGUGCGGAUCCCAAACGUCGUUUAAUCGGAGAUGAUGAACAUUGCUGGAGUGAUACAGGCAUCUUUAAUAUUGAAGGUGGUUGUUAUGCUAAAUGUAUUGAUCUAUCAGCCGACAAGGAACCCGAGAUUUUCAAUGCUAUCCGAUUUGGUUCUGUUCUGGAAAAUGUUGUAUUGAAUGAAGAUUCCCGUGACGUUGAUUAUGCAGAUGAUUUCCUGACUGAAAACACCCGAUGCGCUUAUCCCAUUGAUUAUAUCCCCAAUGCAAAGAUCCCCUGUAUGGGUGGUCACCCCAAGAACAUUAUUUUGCUGACAUGCGAUGCAUUUGGUGUGAUCCCCCCUGUCUCCAAAUUGACCCCAAGUCAAGUGAUGUACCACUUCAUUUCUGGUUAUACUACCAAGGUUGCAGGUACAGAGGACGGUAUUGUUGAGCCCACACCUACUUUCAGUGCAUGUUUCGGUGCUCCCUUCCUUGUCUUGCAUCCUCAAAAGUAUGCUACCAUGUUGGCUGAAAAGAUGAGUGCACAUGCUGCUGAUGCCUGGUUAAUUAAUACGGGUUGGGUUGGUAACUCUGCAAAGAACGGUGGUAAACGUUGUCCAUUGAAGUACACACGUGCCAUCCUUGACUCAAUUCAUAAGGGUACCUUGACUGGAGGCGAAUUUGAGACCUAUGAAAUCUUUGGUUUAUCCAUUCCUACCUCAGUGGAAGGCGUUCCCGAUGAAAUCCUUCAUCCUAAAAAGGCCUGGCAGGGUAACCCUCAAGAUUUUACAAAGUCACUUACAGAUGUUGCUCAAAUGUUUGUGGAGAAUUUCAAGACCUUUGCAGACGAAGCUAGUCCUGAGACUUGCAAUGCUGGUCCUCAACUUUAAAUGAGUUUUUUUUUUUUUUGCUGUUCACCCAAAAAAAUAAAUUAAAUUUUUUUUUUUGUAUUUAAAAAAAAA